CACUUGCUAUGAGCCAUAGCGUCCCCUCUAUUCGGCAACGGUGGUUAGUUUUACGAUUUUCACAAUGUCUCGCCUACAAGGAUGACUGAUUUGGUUUUUAACAUUCUAGCUCCUCCGGUGGCUGAACACUACCUCUUGACCGGUGGCAGCGAUGGCAUUUACCUCUUCUUUAAAUUCUCGCCCAAACCGGGUUUUAAUGUGGUCAAGAUCAUGAAUGGGACCACCGUUGUAUGGGAGUAUCGCAGCAGAAGUCUACUCUCCCUCACCAUCCAUAGGCUCGGCAACCUCCCAGUUGCCCUCUACCUGCGCCUCUCCGACGCGGAAAUGUGCUACGCCUACACAAACUUCAUGUGGCAUUCCAUAAGCGAGGAGGUCUACAGGGAGAAGCUCCGUCUGGAUGUGUACAAGUGCAACUUUGGCAAGUUUGGUCUGAACCUCGCUGAGGUCGACUCUCAGGAUGUCACGACCGUACCCGUCCACGACGGCACUUUCCUCACCACGCUCUUUAAGCCGAAGCGCGGGAACGUGCUCAUUAGCGUCCGUGACGGCGACCAGCUAAUCUGGCAAUCCGAGAGAGAUGGAGACAGAUGUCUACUUGUCUCGUCCCACGAGGUGGAUGAGGUCCCCAAGUACAUGCGUUUGGCGCUUCUGGAGUCAAAUCUAUUUGCACAGAGGUUCUUCGAGAAGGUUGACGGUAAAUGGGUCGCCAUCACCCUGCAUGCAUACUUUUCCAAGAGAGCGCCAAAGGACGCCCAGGUCACCACAGUUGACCUUUCAAAGAGCGAAUAUACGCACGUGUUCCUCUUCAAUGGCAUAAAUAUGGGACUCCCAUACGACCUCUUCUUCUCGAGCUUCCUCGGCAAGGUCGUCAAGGUUGUUGACGGUGGAGUUACCCUCUGGGAGGGAAAGGAGGGUGAAAAGGUAAUUUACGCAGCCGUGGAUCACGGAAAAGUCCACCUCCAUCUCACAAUAUUGAACCCUUCCGGGUCAUCUGAAUUGUGCUUUGAGAAAAGGGACGGAAGGUGGGAAGUAGUUGCAGACCUUCCAAGCCAAUUCAAGGUCAUCACCUAUUAA